UAAAUUAAUUAGCAGAUGUAGGCAGAGGAAAAAAAAACCUCUUGCAUUUUAGCUAAUGGUGUGAACGUAUUUUGCUGCCACCGUCAGGUGAAAGGAGGAAUUACGACCUGUUCUAAUAGAGAAGCCAGAUAAUGAAUUGGGUGUGAAGACAGGUUUAUUCAGAUACUGUGUGAACCAUACUAACAUGACCACUCCUAUUGGUUGGUGUUGACUCUUCGGGUCAUGCUGAAGCUCACAGAUGUCUUUCUGAGCAAGCGGUUGUUAUGCGAAGUGGUUGUGUGACCAAGGCAACGGGCGUGACACAAUAGCCACAUAUCUGAUCCGAGAUAAUGAAGGCCAGGCAGAGAGGUUCACAUGGGAACCGUUUUAGUCCAUGUCUGAAUACAAGCCUUCACUCAGAAAGAGGCACCAAGAUUUGUUUCUUCAGAAACAGUGUCUAAGCAGGAGAAGGGAAUAUUUUGGAGAAUUAGAUUUUUUUUUUUCAUGGACGUUAGCUCUUUCUGCCUAAUGAAUGCUAUGAAUCAGAUCUGUAAGUUGUGCAAAUGGUAGGGGGAUAAAGGAAGUAGCUUAACAGUUGGAUUAGUGGAGAGAAAAUGGUUUUGUUGUGACGGCCUCGGGAGGAGUGUUUUGCCUACACCACGGCAGGCUGAAGACAUUAUGAUUGUUUUCUUCCAGUGAUCCAGUUCAAGCCAGGCUGGCAUGAUAUAGUUUUUAAAAGGAGAAGUUACUGAAGCACUUUGAACAAAGUGUCCCAUUUUAAAGAGGAGGUUCUUCGACUACUGUGCUAAAUUAGAUUCGGCCAUGUCUCUCAUGUGUGGAUUUAAAGCAUAUGGCUCCUAAAGCGAACCAGAUGGCGAAGGCACUGUAUGACAAUGUGCCUGAGUCGCCAGAGGAGCUAGCGUUCCGCAAAGGUGACAUCCUGACAGUGAUCGAGCAGAACACAGGCGGCCUGGAAGGCUGGUGGCUCUGCUCACUGCACGGGCGCCAGGGCAUUGCCCCAGGGAACCGCCUUAAGCUCCUCAUCACGCCCAUGUUUGAGGGAAAUGCAGCAUCCACACCCUCACCAUCACCAAAUCUGGCCAACCAACAGCAGAGGCCCCGAACCCCCCAGGGCAUGUACCAGCCCACCCAGGGUUCUCAAGCACAGGGCAUCUACCAGGUGCCACCCUGCCAGGAUGUGUACCAGGUCCCACAGAGGAGCACGCUGGCAACUGAUGGAAUGUCGUGCAAGGUGACGACCCCGACACGAGUUGGACAGACAUACACCUAUAACCCUGCACCCAGCAACUCUCAAGACCUUUAUGAUGUGCCUCCCAUGCGAACUCAAGGGGUUUAUGACAUUCCAGCUGGGAAAAAAAAAGGAAUGCAUGGAAGUCCUCGAAUUCAGGGUCUUUAUGACAUUCCUCCUACACAGGACACAAGGAAUCAGGGAGUGUAUGACAUACCACCGCCAACACAAGGGGUUUAUUCUGUACCACCUUGUAAAAGUAGCUCCACUCAAGAUGAGGGCAGUUAUGACUUUCCCCAGCCUCACAAAAAGAAGCCAGAGGGUGUAUAUGAUGUUCCACCUAUGUCCCUGUCUAAAUCCACCCAGUCAAACUAUGACUUCCCUCCAGGUAACUGCAGCAGUGCCGUCUAUGACAUUCCAGCAAGCCAGCUUAAUUCUGGAGCAUCCCACGAUUUAUACGAUGUCCCACGUGGGAUCCAGCAGCAAACGCAGUGUAGGGAGCGUGAUCGCAACAAGGGUAUCUAUGAUGUCCUGCCCCCUGAAUCUCGUUCAUUGGCUGAUGUGACUGAAGGCAUGAACCGCUUAUCUUUUUCCAGCACAGGGAGUAGCAUGUCCACUUCUUCAUCUUCAGCUAGCUCUCCAGCAGAGGGCCGUCUCCUGCUGGACUUAGAUUGUGCCUUACAGAAGCUCAGCCACCUGCAGCAGGGCCUGGAGUCCUCCCUCUCUUCUCUCCAGACCCUGACCUCCUCGCCCAACUGGAGAACUUGUGGCUUCAUGGAGUACUAUGCUAAUGAAGCGCGCUGUACUAUGGAACGUGUUCGUAGCACUCUUGCUGAUUUCCUUGCUUUCGGUAAAGGCGCUGCAGCAAAUGCAACCACACUAUCGGACCCAGUACUGCACUCUAAAUUGAGAAAGCAGUUGCAAAGGCUGGAGGACUCACAGCAGAUCCUGCAGCAGAGCCUGGAAAACAGUAGUUGGGCACGUGCAACUGGCAAGCAACAGAAUAAAUGUGACGAACUGGACCGCUUUGUUAUGGUGGCACACACUCUUACUGAUGAUGCCAAGCAGUUGGUGUCCACAGUAGGAGGCAGUGCAGAGCUACUGUUCCGCAGGGCACCUAUAGAGGGUGUUGUUCACCCUUUUACUUGCAACCCAAUAGAAGAGGAGAGCUACAGUGGCCAAACCAAACCAUUCCCUGUGGUUCAGGACAGUGAACAGUGCGUGAAAAGCUGGAUGGAGGAUUAUGAUUACGUCCAUUUGCAGGGUAAAGAAGAAUUUGAGCGUCAGCAGAAGGAGCUCUUAGAAAAGGAGAAUAUCAUGAACCAGAGCAAGGUCAAACUGGGACAGGAACAGCUGAAUCAGUUUAAGCAGCUGGAGCAGGAGGCGAUCAAACCUGUUGACAGUGACAUCACACAGUGGAUCUCACAUCAGCACUCCACAGGCUCCUCCUCCCCGUCAGAUUCCUCCUCCACAUCCUCUGCUGGAAGUGGAGCUCAGUUAUGUGGACGGGACCGGCAGCUGCUGGCCUUCUACGGAGAACAGUGUGAGCAGCACUUCGUGACUCUCCUAAACGCCGUGGAUGCAUUCUUUAGCUGUGUGGCAGCCGGCCAGCCUCCGCGGAUCUUUGUCGCUCACGCUAAAUUCGUCAUCCUCAGUGCUCAUAAGCUUGUAUUUAUUGGAGACACUCUGUCGAGGCAGGCUACUGUGCCUGAAGUGGGCAAUCGAGUGAUGGACUCGAGCAACGUACUUUGCGAGCUUCUCAAAACAGUGGUGGGUGCCACCAAAAUGGCAGCCCUGCAUUAUCCCAACACGCCGGUGGUACAGGAGAUGGUGGACCGAGUCACGGACCUGUCGCAUCAUGCACAGCAGUUUAAAACGCAGCUCUUACAAAUGGCAGCAUUGUGAUCUGUUCAGUGUGUGCGUGUUGUAAGAAAGACUUUAUAUUAUAUUAUAUUAUAUUAUAUUAUAUUAUAUUAUAUUAUAUUAUAUUAUAUUAUAUUAUAUUAUAUAUACCACACAUUGACAAAUGCUGGCUUUGUAAAUAUUGUUCCAGUAUCCGGUGUAAAUAAUUUGGCUCUAUUUUGUUUAGAUUUGUUUUAUAUAAGAAGAAUGCUAUGAAUAUGAAAUAUAAAGUUGCUUUCUAAAGCAGUAAUGGUAACAUUCGGGGGGUUCCCAUGAGCACCCCACAAAUUUGCUCUUAUUACCAGUAGAUUAAAGCUGCACCUGCUACUGGAAAAGUAGUUCUUUACAUUUCUUGAAAUUUGCAGCGUUUUGUAGACAUGAGUGUGAAAGUAAAAAAAAAAAAAACCUCAUUUACCAAAUGACUCUUCAUUUUAUUGUUUCUUGGUUACAAAAGCUAAAAAGACAUUGGCAGUUAUUCAUGCAUUGUGGGUCAACUUCAAAUAAAGCAAGUACUUUCAACAGGUUUAACCCCUACAACCCACAGGCAGGUGCAGAACGACACCCCUCACUCUCAUAAUGACAUUUCCUAUUAGUGUUACUGGAGUUACUGAAUAUUUGCAAUAGUAACUAAACAGUAUGCUUUACAAUGAGCCUUUAAGGGGUUAAGCUGGCUGAACCCAGUCUGUGUCUAGAUUUGACCACAUAGUGUCAUAACUUUAUGAAAGACUUUUAUAUUUCUGCUCAUUGUUAAUUUAAUUUACUAAAAAGCUGUACAAGUAAACAGAAAAAUACUGACACUUGCUAGUGCCUCCAUUUCUCUCUCUCUCUCACACACACACACACACACACAUGUUUAAUUAAACUGGUGCCUUCCA